UAUUGUUUUAAUUUUAACAUGAGCAUCCGUUGCUUUAAAGAAGAUGAUGAAGCUUUCCGCUGAACUUCUUCUUGCCUUUGCUUCACUCCUCUCAGCGAUGUUACUCUUCUUUCGCACACUUUUCCAUGUUAGUCGCAGAGCUUCUUUUCGAGUAAUCUCUCUAUCUUCUAAUUCUUCGCAUCCAGAUUCCCUUUCUUUCAAUGUAUUUAAUCCCUCAUCGUCUUUAACAUCCAUAAAUGCUUAUUGCAUUUCUCGUCCUUUUUUCUGGUUCACUAGCUUUCUUUGUAUAUUUCGCCUCCCUUUUGUUAGUUACUCAAAUGCAAAUAAUUCAUUUCAAUAUUUAGACAUUGGUUCUCUUCGUAAAAUCAUACAACAAGAUCUCUGGAAUGAUCCUAAGAUUGUUGUUUUAUUUGAUUCAGCACUAGCUCCCAUUUGGGUUUCUAAGAUUUUACUUGGAUUGAGAGAAGAUCCCAAAUUAGCUCUUAAGUUCUUCAAAUGGGCUGGAAGCCAGGUUGGUUUUCGCCAUACCACCGAGUCUUACUGCAUUAUAGUUCACCUGGUGUUUCGUGCGAGAAUGUAUACAGAUGCCCAUGAUACUGUUAAAGAAGUGAUUAUGAAUAGCCGCAUGGACAUGGGUUUUCCAGUUUGUAAUAUAUUUGAUAUGUUAUGGUCGACUAGGAAUAUUUGUGUGUCAGGAUCAGGGGUUUUUGACGUUUUAUUUAGUGUUUUCGUAGAGUUGGGUCUGCUUGAGGAAGCUAACGAAUGUUUCUCUAGAAUGAGGAACUUCAGAACUCUUCCCAAAGCACGUUCUUGCAAUUUUCUUUUGCAUAGAUUAUCAAAGUCAGGUAAUGGUCAGUUGGUGAGGAAGUUUUUCAAUGACAUGAUUGGAGCUGGGAUUGCACCUUCAGUUUUUACCUACAAUGUAAUGAUAGAUUACUUGUGCAAAGAAGGGGAUUUGGAAAAUUCUAGACGUUUGUUUGUGCAGAUGAGGGAGAUGGGCCUUUCUCCAGAUGUUGUCACAUAUAAUUCUUUGAUUGAUGGCUAUGGCAAGGUUGGUUCAUUAGAAGAAGUUGCGUCUUUAUUUAAUGAAAUGAAGGAUGUAGGUUGUGUUCCUGAUAUAAUUACCUAUAAUGGGUUAAUCAAUUGUUAUUGCAAGUUUGAGAAGAUGCCUCGAGCUUUUGAGUAUUUCUCUGAGAUGAAGAACAAUGGGUUAAAACCAAAUGUUGUAACCUACAGCACAUUGAUUGAUGCAUUUUGCAAGGAGGGAAUGAUGCAAGGUGCAAUCAAACUUUUUGUUGAUAUGAGAAGGACUGGUCUUUUACCUAAUGAAUUCACUUACACUUCUCUGAUUGAUGCCAAUUGUAAGGCAGGUAAUUUAACAGAAGCAUGGAAGUUGUUGAACGAUAUGUUGCAAGCAGGAGUUAAAUUAAAUAUAGUCACUUAUACUGCUCUAUUGGAUGGCCUUUGUAAAGCUGGAAGAAUGAUUGAAGCAGAAGAAGUGUUUAGGUCAAUGCUGAAAGAUGGAAUAUCUCCCAACCAGCAGGUUUACACUGCAUUGGUUCAUGGUUAUAUCAAGGCUGAGAGAAUGGAGGAUGCAAUGAAAAUAUUGAAGCAAAUGACAGAAUGUAACAUCAAACCAGAUUUAAUACUCUAUGGCAGCAUUAUUUGGGGUCACUGUAGUCAAAGAAAACUUGAAGAAACUAAACUUAUUCUUGAAGAAAUGAAAAGUCGGGGUAUUAGUGCAAAUCCUGUUAUAUCCACGACAAUUAUAGAUGCUUAUUUUAAGGCUGGAAAAAGCUCUGAUGCAUUGAAUUUUUUUCAGGAGAUGCAGGAUGUAGGUGUUGAGGCUACUAUAGUAACAUACUGUGUACUAAUUGAUGGUUUGUGCAAAGCUGGUAUCGUUGAACUAGCAGUUGAUUAUUUUUGUAGAAUGUUAAGUCUUGGUUUACAACCUAAUGUUGCAGUUUAUACUUCCCUUAUUGAUGGUCUUUGUAAAAACAAUUGCAUUGAAUCUGCCAAGAAGUUGUUUGAUGAAAUGCAAUGUAGGGGGAUGACCCCAGAUAUAACAGCUUUCACUGCUCUAAUUGAUGGCAACUUGAAGCAUGGAAAUCUUCAGGAAGCUUUGGUUUUGAUUAGCAGGAUGACAGAAUUAGCUAUCGAGUUUGAUUUGCAUGUUUAUACUUCCUUGGUUUCGGGAUUUUCUCAAUGUGGUGAGCUGCAUCAAGCAAGGAAGUUUUUUAAUGAGAUGAUUGAGAAGGGCAUACUUCCCGAGGAGGUUUUAUGUAUAUGUCUACUGAGAGAGUAUUACAAGCGUGGACAGUUGGAUGAAGCCAUUGAAUUGAAGAAUGAAAUGGAAAGGAUGGGUUUAAUUACAGAAAGUGCAACCAUGCAAUUCCCAGUCUAAAAACUUGAAGAGGAGAUCCAAUCUGAUCGUCUUUGUUUUUCUGGAAGCUGAGUUUGUAUUCUAAUUGCAAGCGCAUGUGAUAUUUAUUCAGAACUCAGAGUUAUGAUGACUCAAGCAACCCACCAUUCAAAUGGGUUCCCUGUUUGAUGGGAAGGCUGGCCAUGUGUGAUAUAUCUGAUGUUGAUUUUGUCCAAAGAGGAUUCCAGUGGCACAAUAUAUGGAUUUACAUGGAAUCAUUCUACUGAAAAUUCCUAUCUGUUAUUUUGCUGAUGGAAGCAUAUUCAUUCGAGUUUGACGCUCAGCUGGCUUACAAUGAGCAAGGUGUUAACCUGACUCUUCAUGCUUAUUUAUAUUUGAAAUUUGAUAUUCAGCACCGUAAGCAUAUGGUCACCUAUGGAAUGGGUGAAAUCAUUAAGAAAAGCUGCCUCUUCUCGUGGGACUGAAGGUUCUAACAUGAUCCAUUUUUUCUCUGCUGUUCUUUCUUCCCUUGCGGGGGUGGUCUGUUCUUUCUUCCCUUGCGGGGUGGUCUAUUCUUUCCUCCAUUGAGGACUGUAGGUUCUUAUGGAGAUUAUUGAAAACCUUAAACCUGAUCCUACAGAGACUCUCUGAAAUGCAUCCUUGGUUUUUUCCAAUUGUUUGUGAGCAUUUUCUUAUUUGGAGUUUUCAUGAAUGGUUAUGAUUUUUGCCAACAGAUCUUUCUAGUGUGGCAAAAUUCCUAUGAAACUCAGAAUCUUCUUCUGAUGAUCUCCUACUCUCAAUUCUACGUAUACACCAAGUCCACCAAUGACAUGAUUCGUUGGGAGAAAACCUCAGUUAUCUUCUUCCUUAAAUAUUUUCUCACAGAUGCAGGACCUCUCUCUUCCCUUGUUUGGUUCCUUAGAUUGGUUGGCUAAGAGCAUGAAUGUAAAUGGGGUAGGUUUUUGGUCAACUAUUUGAAACUUACAUGUCAACACAGGAUAAAAUUGAAAAGCAAAACUACAACAAAAUCUUUAACCAAACAGACAAAGCCAAUGAACCAAAAUCCCCAUCUGAAGUCGAGAACCUAACUUCAGGGUUCAGGCUAGACAAUCAAAUCUAUGAAACAUUUCACAAAUUCAGAAUUGAAGUAUUUCUGGUAUUGAAACUGUACAGAAUUGAAUAGAUUUGGCACCAGUACCAUGGGGCCUUGGUCUGUGAUUGGGUGGACGUGGACUAUCAUACAGCUUUUCAUCCGUUGGAUCAUGAGAAAAAUACGAAGGUCUUUCAAGUCGUUGAUUUGGAUGAGAGCUUAUUUUGGCACAUCAAUUGUAGAAGUUAUUCGUGUUGAUGGCUUCCAUAUUGGUGUUGGAAGGAGCAGGAAGCUGCAAGCUGCACAAUAAAGAUGUGGCAGAAUGAAGCCUGAAAGGUUAGGUGAUAUGCACUGAUUCUCGAUGUUAAAAAAUCUCCACAUUCCACAUGAUUUUAAGAAAAAAUCAGAAGAGAAGCAUGGAGAAUAGUGUGUUACUUUCCUAAAACUGUAAACAAGAAACGGGAAGGUUACGACAUAAAUAACACUCUUGUAUAAUGUGUUGUUUAUUGGUUGCAUAAAACCCUAAACCAAAUAACUUCAAUUUUAGAAAAAUCGCAGGGUUACAUAUGUACUGUUGCUACGUUUUGAUCUUGUGGAUUGCAGUGUAAUGUCCAUAGGCUAGAAAAACAACUAGAUUCACUUUUGUUGGUGUACACUGACGUGUAAUGAGAAUGAGUUGAACUGUAAUAAAAACUCAAUGGUGGUGCCUAUUUUUUUAAGUAAUGGAAAUGAAAUUUGAAAGAA